CAGCGGCUCCGGAGCGCAGUCGGAGCAGAGGAGGGAAGGCCAGGCCGGGACUUGUGCUGCCGCCGCCGCCGCCGCCUGCCAGAAACCAUGCCAGUGCCAGACCCAAGAGGGGAUACGGGCCGAUGGGCCAACGCCAGUGCCCGCCUGCGAACGGCCGGCCAGCCGGAGCAGCCACCCAGGAGGAGGAAACGGAAUUGGUUCUAUAGGUGUUGCCGGUGCUGCUCAGGCCAGGCGGAUGAUGCCGAUUGGGGACCCGCGCCGGGGGAGGUGCCUGGAGCUCGGCGGACGGCUCCUGUCAUCCGUGAGGGCAUGCUGGUGGUCAGCGGCAUUGACAUGCUGGGCAGCCGGUCGAGCACCAACCGGCACGCGCACCACACGGACGAAUACGAAUACGACAACCUCAUCGUCCGCCGCGGGCAGCCGUUCGAUAUCCGGCUUCAGUUCCAGCAGGAUUACGACCCCGAAGAGCACCGGGUUUGCCUCGAGUUCCUCAUCGGGCCUUCGCCACAGACCUCCAAGGGGACACACGUCCUGAUCCCGUUGGGCACCCGACUGUCAGACAAGAGCUGGGGAGCGGAGUUGGUCGAUUGGGAAAAAAACACCAUGCUCCUCCGGGUCACCAGUUCGCCCACGGCUGUGAUCGGCAAAUACAAGUUCAGCGUCAAGACCCGAAGCAAGGCGGGCGAGUAUCAGGCGCCCUUCGACCCCCGCUAUGAGACUUAUGUCAUCUUCAACCCCUGGUGUUCUGAGGACCCGGUUUACAUGCCACAGACCGGAACUCUGGACGAGUACGUGCUGAAUGAAGUCGGGCGCAUCUACUACGGGACCGAGUCGCAGAUCGGGGAGCGGACGUGGAAUUACGGGCAGUUUGACAAGGGAGUCCUGGACGCCUGCCUCUAUAUGCUGGACCGGCGAGGGAUGCCACAUACGAGCCGUGGGGACCCCAUCAUGGUCUCUCGUGUUGUCUCUGCCAUGGUCAACUCUUUGGAUGACAACGGGGUCCUGGUAGGAAACUGGACGGGUGACUAUUCCCGCGGCACCAACCCCUCGGCCUGGGUGGGCAGCCGCGACAUUCUCCUGCAGUAUCACCAGACAGGCUACCCCGUGAUGUACGGGCAGUGCUGGGUGUUCGCUGGAGUCGUGACUACAGUGCUGCGUUGCCUGGGCAUCGCCACGCGGACGGUCACGAACUACAACUCGGCCCACGACACCGACGUCAGCCUCACCAUGGACAUUUACUUCGACGAGAACAUGAAGCCCUUGGAAAACCUGAAUGCCGACUCCGUCUGGAAUUUCCAUGUCUGGAACGACUGCUGGAUGACACGCCCUGAUCUGCCUUCGGGGUUUGAUGGCUGGCAGGUGGUGGACGCCACGCCUCAAGAGUCAAGCAGUGGCAUCUUUUGCUGUGGACCCUGCUCCGUUGAGGCCAUCAAGAACGGGUUGGUCUACAUGAAGUAUGAUGCCUCGUUCUGUUUUGCUGAGGUGAACAGUGAUAAGGUGUAUUGGCAGCGCCAAUCUGACGGCAGCUUCAAGAUUGUCUAUGUGGAGGAGAAAGCAAUUGGCCACCUGAUCAGCACCAAGGCGGUGGGCUCCCACAAGCGCGAGGACGUCACCAGCCUCUACAAACACCCUGAAGGAUCCGAGGAGGAGCGCAAGGCAGUGGAAACGGCUGCCAAGCAUGGCACCAAGGCCCACAUCUACAAGAACAAAGACUGGCGGGAGGACAUUUCACUGUCGGUGGAUGCACAAGACGCCUACACGGGGCAAGACAUCACCCUGCGGGUCCACCUGAAGAACAAAAGCAACAUGCCCCGUGAGGUCUCUCUCAACCUCUUCGUGGCCGUCAUGUACUACACGGGCGUCACCAGCAGCCCUUUUAAGAAGGAGCAGCGGCAGGUCCAGAUUCCAGCAAACGGAACCCAGACCGUUCCGAUGCUGAUCACCUACGCCGAGUACAAGCCCCACCUGGUGGACCAGGGGGCCAUGAAGCUCAGCAUCUCUGGAAAAGUGACUGAGACAGGUCAAGUGCUGGCUAAGGAGCACACCUUCCGUCUGCGCACUCCGGAUCUCACUCUGACGUUACUGGGCCCAGCCAUCGUCGGACAAGAGACCCAGGUCCAGAUCGUCUUCAAAAACCCACUUCCUGUCAUGCUGACUAGCGUCAUCUUCCACAUGGAGGGAUCCGGGCUCUCCACCCCCAAUACCAUGACAGUGGGGGAUAUCGGCCCACACCAGACGGUGAAGAUGCGCCAGACGUUCACGCCGCUACGCCCGGGCCGUCGCCAGCUGGUUGCCAGCAUGGACAGCCCUCAGCUCUCCCAGGUCCACGGAGUGCUGACGAUGGAUGUGGCGCCAGGACCUGCGCGGGGCCCGGGAGGUUCCCCUGCCCCCAAUCGGGCUUCCCCUGUCCUUUCCCGAGACUCUCCCGGUAGGCAGCCCACCAACCGUGGCAGCCCCGCGAACACCCGUGCUUCUCCGGCGCGGGGCUCCCCGGCUCGCCAGCCAGAUCCCCGUGGGUCCCCCAAUGCCCGCGGGUCCCCCAACGCCCAUGGGUCCCCCAACGCCCGUGGGUCACCAGUUGUUGGCAGAAGAGACCGGACUGGGCGCCCUGUCUGAGCCAGACUCUAGUAGUUGCUAUGUACUGUAUAUCUACAAUGCCAGCAGAAGUGGGGGGCAAGAGGGGGGGAAGGGGGGCCACCCGCCUGAGCCACAGAACCACAGCACUGCAGUGGGGGGAAGGGCGGGGGGGGAAACUGGAUUUCCCCGUCCCCGUCCCAGGGUAUCUCCUGUGUGCCCACCGAGAAAGACCCCCUACCAUCUCCCUUUCUGCCUUAUUUACAUUAGCCCUGAGGUUGCCACCGGCUCGCUAUCCCCCAAACACGCUCACAUCCCUAAUCUCACUUGCUGUAUGUAUUCAUCCGCUCACACCACCCAAAGUAACUGUAAUCCACCCUUUGUUUGCUGUAUAUAUUCAUCUGCUCGCGCCACCCAACGUCACUGUAAUCCACCCUUUCCGUUCCCAUAAAGAGCCACCAGUUCUUCCCAGAGUCCCUUUGCACCCAUCCUCCCCUUGUGUUCACUUACCACUUAUACCCCCUUCCCUUGCUUGCGCUUUCCUUGCGUCAAAGCAUCCGUCCUGCCCAUUUUCUCACCCUCGAGCCUUCAAGGGUCCCCUAAAACGCUGGCUCUGGUUGCACGCCACCCCUUUCCCCAACACGCUCGGUUCUGCACCCCACUGAUACAGGCAGCUCCCCAAGGCCCCCCUGGGUUACUCGCUUUUCCGUUUUGUUCUGAAGCCCUUCCGAGGUGACCGCAAAGAGCCGCUCCUGAGCCCAGCCCUCCGGGUCUGUCCCAAACAGAUCGGCUGGAAUUUACCUCCCCUGUACAGGAAACGGGACUGCAUAACCUGGCCCUCCCCGACCAGCUUUGGGGAGGUGAAUUUGUAUAGGUUAGGAUGGGGUUUCUUUCAGGGAUCCCCACAAGUAAUGCACGCGACGGAAGGAAAUGGAGAAAGGAUAAGCCGCUGUUAGGGUAUAUUGGCCGGCCGCUGCCGGAUCGCCUUUGCUCACGUAUUUAAACGCUUGCACUUUCCAAAGAGCCGAGGCCCUUCUUCGACUUGCACUGAAGCUGAGCUAUUAAAGGGGUUAUAUGGGCAAGGGGGUGGGGGCGAGUGGGAGGUGGGGAACACACCGCACUGUUUGCCAAGCCAGGGGACACCCCUGACGAUGUACGAGAAGAGACCGUUUUUACAUUUAAAGGACAAGCAAAUGAACAACGCCAAG